AUGGCAGUCAUUGAAGACCCUGAGAUGUCGAACCCGACCCCAACAGAAGACCAGCCUCUUCUUCCUUCCGAUCCAAGCGACGACUGGCGACCUGGUCAUGGCUUUCUCUGGAUUCAGUUCGCGAUCAUGUCAAAUGUCUUCCUCUCCGGAUUCGACGGUACAAUCACCGCAUCCACCUACGCAAUCAUAAGUUCCGAGUUUAACGCCGCCAACACGGCUUCAUGGUUGACAACCUCCUACCUAAUCACCAGCACCGCAUUUCAACCUUUAUACGGUCGCUUCUCGGACAUUCUCGGUCGCAGGGCUUGUUUCUUUACUGCGACAAUUACCUUUUUGUUCGGGUGUUUGGGGUGCGCUGUUGCGAAGGAUAUUCUCUUCCUCAAUCUCAUGCGUGCAUUGACUGGUGUGGGCGGAGGUGGUUUGAUGACGAUGGCGACUAUUGUCAAUUCGGAUCUUAUUCCCUUUCGCCGGCGGGGAAUGUAUCAAGCCGUGCAGAACGGCUCUUAUGGAUUCGGUGCUAUCUGCGGUGCAUCGUUCGGUGGGGCCAUUGUUGACUCCAUUGGUUGGCGGUGGUGUUUUCUUGUACAAGUUCCUGUCUCGCUGAUGGUGCUGGUUCUGGGCCACUUUGUUCUCAAAUUCCCCGCGAAACAGCAACAUGAGCAUGACCCGGCCCAGCAGAGCCAAGGCAUCUGGCAGAAGAUUGAUCUGUCUGGCGCUUGUUUGCUUGUUCUGGCCCUAUCGGCUCAACUUGUGGGCCUUAGCUUGGGUGGCAAUGAGCUUCCUUGGAGUAAUCUCUGGGUUAUUCUGUCCCUGGUUGCUAGUGUGGUCUUCCUCGCGCUCUUCGUCUAUGUCGAGGCGAAUACCAAGGCCGUUCCUCUGAUUCCUCUCAAGAUGCUCCGUGGAGUCCUCCCAGUCUCGACUCAAAUUGCCAAUGUCUGCGUGGGAAUGGCUGCGUAUGCUUUCCUCUUCACUAUCCCGCUACUUUUCCAAGUCAUUUUGCUAGAUAGUCCUACGAAAGCCGGUGCGCGACUCGUCAUUCCAUCCCUCGCUACCCCUCUCGGCGGCCUGAUUUCCGGAGUCGUGAUGUCCCGCUGGGGAAAAUUGGCCUGGCUCGUACGCACCGGUGCAGGACUGAUGUUCAUCGGUAACCUCCUCGUCACGCUACUCCGUUUCGAUGAUUCGCAGUGGAAAUACUUCGCGUACAUCAUCCCAGCCAACCUCGGACAAGGCAUCGUUUAUCCGGGCAUCUUGUUCACUUUCUUAGCUGCGUUUGACCAUUCCGACCACGCCGUCUCCGCCUCAACCGUCUACCUCAUCCGCUCCCUCGGAACAGUUUGGGGCGUGGCGAUUACCUCCGCCAUUAUUCAGAAUACACUGAGCUCAGGCCUCGCCGAGGCCUUGAGUGAAAUACCAGAUAAAUGGAAAGUACAAUUCCUUCCGCGAACCACUAUGAGAAUAAACAUCGUGAUCGACGAAAUCCGUCACUCUGUUUCGGCAAUCCACGAUCUACCCCCAGACACACAAAUGGCCGUGCGCCUCGUCUACUAUCGCGGAAUUCGCCUUUCGUUUGGCGCGUCCGCUUCUUUCGGCUUCAUCGCUACCUUCGCUGCCCUUUUCACUCGUGGGAAGGGCUUGGAGCGAGCUGCUGGAGGCUAG